AUGGUCAAUCAAAAUCCCCAUAACCGGUCCGAGGAUCUUGGAUUUCCUCUAUACAUGACAUUUUGCGCCGUGAUAGCUGCUCUGUCAGGCUUAAAUGUUGGAUGGCAUAUCAGUGUACCCAACAUGCCACAGCAAGUAAUCAUCGGCUGUACCGAAGGCACUGAAUAUUUCAGUGGUCUUCCUUCUUGCUUACCAAUGACCGAAUUUACUUGGGGCUUCACCGUUGGCGCUUUCGCUCUUGGUGGUCUCGUAGGCAGUCUGGCUACUACCUAUCUCAACCUCUGGUUCGGUCGUCGCCUCAACAUUAUGAUUUCCUGCGGCUGGUUCAUUCUUGGCGGCAUCUUAUCUGCUGUAUCAAUCAAUAUCGGCAUGUACUCUGUUGGUCGCGCCUUUGUCGGCAUCGGUGCCGGUAUGUGCGGUUCCUCGGUCGCUAUCUACGUCUCAGAAAUCUCAACAAAAAAGAGUCGUGGUGCCCUUGGUAGUUUGUUUGAGCUCUUUCUGAACCUCGGUAUUCUCUUGACUCAAGUCGCUGGUCGCUAUAUGAGCUAUCCUCCCGUUUGGCGUGUACUCUGGGCUAUCCCUACCAUCAUUGCCGCCAUCCAACUUUUCAUGUUGCUUUUCCUUACUGUGGAAUGUCCCCGUCGCUUGUGUGCUGACGGCAAAGCUGACAAGGCCCGAGACUCCCUGCGACGUCUUCGCAAAGGUGCCGACAUCGAUAACGAAUUCCAAGCUCUUUUGGAUGCCCGUCAGCGCGAAGUCGACUCUGGUUCUAAGAAAAUGUCUAUCCUUGACAUUAUCCUCGUCAAGAACAGAACAAUUACCUGGAAUGUUAUCAUCGUCAUGGUUUUGCAGGCCUCUAACCAGAUUGGUGGUAUUGGUCCCAUGUCAGUCUACUCUGUCGGUUUCCUUUCCAAGAUCUUUGGUGGUGACGUUGAACUAGCAACAAACAUUUCCCUCGCAAAUGCCACUGCCAAUAUUGUCGCCACCUUCAUUUCCGUCAUCACUAUGCAUAAAGUUGGCCGCAAGGGCUUCAUGAUGAUUUCAACGUUGGGUAUGACCAUUGCUUCCGUUUUCCUCGUUAUUGGUUCCGCAGCCGACGAUGGAACCCAACGUCUCGCACCACUUAGCAUUACUGCCGCCAUUCUCUUCACCUUCACCUACAGUAUGGGCUGUGGUGUCAUUCCAUGGCUUAUUGCUCCCGAACUUAUUCCUCUCGUCGCUCUACCCCCCGGUUCCGCAUUGGGCAACGCUUCGAACUGGCUGUUCAACUUUGUAAUUAAUACCGUUUGGCCCUAUCAGGACGCCAACCUCGGCGACUACAGCUUCACUGUCUUUGCCGCUAUCAACUUUUUGCUUUUCCUGUUCGUGGUCUUGUGCAUGCCCGAGACCACACAUAGAGACCUUGACCAACAAAAACAUCAGAAAUCCAACGAAAUUGAGGAGGCCCACGGCUCGGCUGGCUCGUCCGACGGCAGCAAUAAUUCGUUUUCUGACGAUACCGAUCGCAAGGUUCAGAAAAUUGAUCACAUCGAGGAUGCACAUUAG